AUGACAUUUGUGAAGAAUGAGCUGAAGAUGUUCAAGAGGAUUCUUAAUCCAGAACUCUCACAAGGAUUUGAGAGUCAGAAGCAGGAUGCGGAAGUGGUGGACGCUGAAGAUGAGAAGCAGGAGAGCAGUGCCAGAGAGGGGGCUCUGAAGAUCACACUGCACAUGCUGAGGAAAAUGAACCAGAAGGAGCUUGCUGACACACUGGAGAAAAAAGACCUGAAAGAGUCUGGCAUCGAUAUCAAUGAAGCCUCAGUGUACUCAGGAUUGUGCACACAGCUCUUUAAAGUGGAAUGUGGGCUGUACCAGGACAAGGUGUACUGCUUCGUGCAUCUGAGCAUUCAGGAGUUUCUGGCUGCUGUAUAUGAGCUCCUCUCAUUCAUCAACAAUAAUGAGAAUCUAAUGGGCAAACUGCAUUCAACGAGUAGUAACUUUUCUUCGCUAUUCAGAGACCAGCUUGAAGUUGUUUUCUACAAGAGUGCUGUGGACGAAGCCUUACAAAAUUUCAUCAACCUUGCUGUCAAGAGACUGGACAUUGGCAAGAAGAAUGCUAGGGAGUGGUGCACGGUGUGCCCGUCUCCGGAGUCUGCCCAGAAGACCGGCUCGACGUUUGCCAGCAGCAGGUUCGGCAGCAGCAAGAAGGCCGGUGAUGUCGAGUGCCUGAGCUGGACAGGAGGGGGAGCCAAAGUGAAGGCCGGUGAUGUCGAGAGCCUGAGCUGGACAGGAGGGGGAGCCAAAGUGAAGGCCGGUGAUGUCGAGAGCCUGAGCUGGACAGGAGGGGGAGCCAAAGUGAAGGCCGGUGAUGUCGAGUUCCUGAGCUGGACAGGGGGAGCCAAAGUGAAGGCCGGUGAUGUCGAGUGCCUGAGCUGGACAGGAGGGGGAGCCAAAGUGAAGGCCGGUGAUGUCGAGUGCCUGAGCUGGACAGGAGGGGGAGCCAAAGUGAAGGCUGGUGAUGUCGAGUGCCUGAGCUGGACAGGAGUGGGAGCCAAAGUGAAGGCCGGUGAUGUCGAGUGCCUGAGCUGGACAGGAGGGGGAGCCAAAGUGAAGGCCGGUGAUGUCGAGUACCUGAGCUGGACAGGGGGGAAGCCGAAUCCAAUCAAGCAGAAGAGACCAGCCUCCCCUGUACCCAGCUGUGUGUCCAUGAAGAGUGAUCGGUCUAUGCGUCAACCUAUAGUGUUUAGAGAGGGAGACUUUUCACCUGAACAAAGUCCAAUCAAGCAGGAGAGACCAGCCUCCCCUGUACCCAGCUGUGUGUCCAUGAAGAGUGAUCGGUCUAUGCGUCAACCUAUAGUGUUUAGAGAGGGAGACUUUUCACCUGAACAAAGUCCAAUCAAGCAAGAGAGACCAGCCUCCCCUGUACCCAGCUGUGUGUCCAUGAAGAGUGAUCGGUCUAUGCGUCAACCUAUAGUGUUUAGAGAGGGAGACUUUUCACCUGAACAAAGAAACCAACAGGAUCGAUCAGAUAUUCUCAGUGGUCAGUCUUCCCAGAGUCAUCAAACAGACCUGGCCUCCAUAUUCAGUUUGCUUGAAGAGAAUAUUAUGAAAUUUGUGAAGAAUGAGCUGACAAUGUUCAAGAGGAUUCUUAGUCCAGAAAUCCCAGAAGGCUUUGAGAGUCAGAAGCAGGAUAAGGAAGUGGUGGACGCUGAAGAUGAGAAGCAGGAGAGCAGUGCCAGAGAGGGGGCUCUGAAGAUCAUACUGCACAUGCUGAGGAAAAUGAACCAGAAGGAGCUUGCUGACACACUGGAGAAAAAUGAGCUUGCUGUGAUUUACAAACGUGAACUCAAAUCUAAUCUAAAGAAGAAGUUUCAAUGUGUAUUUGAGGGGAUCGCUAAACAAGGAAACCCAACACUUCUCAAUAAGAUCUACACAGAGCUCUACAUCACAGAGGGUGGAAAAGGAGAGGUCAAUAAUGAACAUGAGCUGAGACAGAUUGAGACAACAACCAGGAAACAAGCAAGACCAGAGACUGCAAUCAAAUGUAACGACAUCUUCAAACCCUUAAGUGGACAAGACAAACUUAUCAGAACUGUGCUGACAAAGGGAGUCGCUGGCAUUGGAAAAACAGUCUCUGUGCAGAAGUUCAUCCUGGACUGGGCUGAAGGAAAAGCAAAUCAGGAUGUCCAAUUUGUAUUUUCAUUCCCUUUUCGGGAGCUGAAUUUAAUGAAAGGGAAAAAACACACUUUGAUUGACCUUCUCAAUCACUUCUCAAUGGAAAACAAAGAAUCAAGAAUCUCCAACUACGACAAGUACAAAGUUUUGUUCAUCUUUGAUGGUCUGGAUGAGUGCCGACUGCCCCUAGACUUUCAGAAGAACAAGUUCUGUUGUGAUGUCACAAAGUCAACCUCAGUAGAUGUUCUAUUGACAAAUCUCAUCAAGGGAAAUCUGCUUCCCUCUGCUCUCCUCUGGAUAACUACCCGACCUGCAGCAGCCAGCAAGAUCCCUUCAGGUUGUGUUGACCAGGUGACAGAGGUACGAGGGUUCAAUGACCCACAGAAGGAGGAGUACUUUAGGAAGAGAUUCAGUGAUAAGGAUCUGGCCAGCAGAAUCAUCUCGCACAUAAAGACUUCAAGGAGCCUCCACAUCAUGUGCCACAUUCCAGUAUUCUGUUGGAUUUCUGCAAUAGUCCUUGAACACAUGCUGAAACAUAAGAGAGAAGAGAUGCCCAAGACUCUGACUGAGAUGUACACACACCUUGUGGUGUUUCAUACCAAACAAAAGAAUGACAAGUAUCUUGGGAAAGAAGAGACAGGUCCACACUGGAAUAAAGAGAGCAUUAUGUCACUGGGAAAACUGGCUUUUCAACAGCUUGUGAAGGGAAAUAUAAUGUUCUAUGAAGAAGACCUGAAAGAGGCUGGCAUUGAUGUCAAUGAAGCCUCAGUGUACUCAGGAUUGUGCACACAGCUCUUUAAAGAUGAAUGUGGGCUGUACCAGGACAAGGUGUACUGCUUCGUACAUCUGAGCAUUCAGGAGUUUCUGGCUGCUGUAUAUGUGUUCCUCUCAUUCAUUAACAACAAUGAAAAUCUAAUGGUCAAACCUCAAUCAAUGCCCAGUAACUUUUUUGCGCUGUUCAAAAACAAGCAUGACGUUACUUUCUACAAGAGUGUUGUGGAUAAAGCCUUACAGAGUGAGACGGGAAACCUGGACCUUUUCCUCCGCUUCCUUCUGGGCCUCUCACUGGAGUCCAAUCAGAAGCACUUACGAGGUCUACUGACAAAGACAAGAAGCAGCUCACAAUGCCAUGAAGAAACAGUCAAGUACAUCAAGGAGAAGAUCAGGGAGAAUCCCUCUCCAGAGAGGUGCAUCAAUCUGUUCCACUGUCUGAAUGAACUGAAUGACCAUUCUCUAGUGGCGGAGAUCCAAAGCUACCUGAGAUCAGGAAGUGUCUCCAGUGAAGAACUCUCACCUGCACAGUGGUCAGCUCUGAUCUUUGUGUUGCUGACUUCAGAAAAGGAGCUGGAUGUGUUUGACCUGAAGAAAUACUCCAGAUCAAAGGAAGGAGUUCUGAUGCUGCUGCCAGUUGUCAAAGCAUCCAAAGCUGCUCUGCUGUCUGGCUGUGGAGUCACAGAGGAAAGCUGUACUUUUCUGGCCUCAGCUCUGAAGUCAAACCCCUCACACCUGAGAGUUCUGGAUCUGAGUUACAAUGACCUGAAGGAUUCAGGAGUGAAGCUGCUCUCUGCUGGCCUGGGGAAUCCCCGCUGUAAACUGGAGACUCUGAGGUUGUCAGCCUGUCUAGUCACAGAGGAAAGCUGUGCUUCUCUGGUCUCAGCUCUGAGGUCAAACCCCUCACACCUGAGAAACCUGGAUCUGAGUAACAAUGACCUGAAGGAUUCAGGAGUGAAGCUUCUCUCUGCUGGACUUGGGAUUCCCCACUGUAAACUGGAGACUCUGAGGCUGUCAGCCUGUAUAGUCACAGAGGAAGGCUGUGCUUCUCUGGUCUCAGCUCUGAGGUCAAACCAAUCACACCUGAGAAACCUGGAUCUGAGUAACAAUGACCUGAAGGAUUCAGGAGUGAAGCUGCUCUCUGCUGUACUGGAGAAUCCCCACUGUAAACUGGAUAGUCUGAGGUUGUCAGCCUGUCUAGUCACAGAGGAAAGCUGUGCUUCUCUGGUCUCAGCUCUGAGGUCAAACCCCUCACACCUGAGAAGCCUGGAUCUGAGUAACAAUGACCUGAAGGAUUCAGGAGUGAAGCUUCUCUCUGCUGGACUGGGGAAUCCCCGCUGUAAACUGGAGACUCUGAGGCUGUCAGGCUGUCUAAUCACACAGGAAGGGUGUUCUUCUCUGGUCUCAGCUCUGAGGUCAAACCCCUCAUACCUGAGAGAGCUGGAUCUGAGUAACAAUGACCUGAAGGAUUCAGGAGUGAAACUGCUCUCUGUUGGACUGGGGAAUCCCCACUGUAAACUGGAGACUCUGAGGCUGUCAGGCUGUCUAGUCACAGAGGAAGGCUGUGCUUCUCUGGUCUCAGCUCUGAGGUCAAACCCCUCACACCUGAGAGAGCUUGACCUGAGCUACAAUUAUCCACGAGACUCAGGAGUCAGACUGCUCUCUGCUGGACUGGAGGAUCCACACUGCAGACUGGAGAAACUCAAUGUGGAACAUGGUGGAGAGAAGACAAUGAAUCCUGGGCUUAGAAAAUAUGCCUGUGAUCUCACACUGGACCCAAACACAGUAAACAGAUACCUCUCUCUGUCUGAGGGGAACAGAAAGGUGACAUGGAGUACAAAGGACCAGCCGUAUCCUGAUCACCCAGAGAGGUUUGAUGUCUGGGAACAGGAGCUGUGUAGAGAGGGUCUGACUGGGCGCUGUUACUGGGAGGUAGAGUGGAGUGGGAUAGGGGCUGAUAUGGGAGUGACAUAUAACGGAAUCAUCAGGAGAGGAAGGGGUAAUGAUAGUAGGCUUGGAUGGAAUGACAAGUCCUGGAGUCUGGACUGCUCUAACAACAGUUACAGAGCCUGGCACAAUAAUAAUCCCACUACCAUAGACGUCCCUUCCUCCAGCUCCCACAGAGUAGGAGUGUAUCUGGACUGGCCAGCCGGCACUCUUUCCUUCUACAGAGUCUCCUCUGACACACUGACCCACCUGUACACAUUCCACACCACAUUCACUGAGCCCCUCUAUCCAGGGUUUUAUGUUUGGUAUGACUCCUCAGUGUCCCUGUGUUAG